AUGACGGCCGUCCAGUUGAACAUGACCGAGCCCCAAGAGACCCAGAUGACGGUGUCAGUGUUGGCAGCGCUGGGAGGAAUUCCAAAGAUCUUUUCUGCAACGAUGGAGUUUACGGACAAGGUUGAGGUCUCGUGGGAGGGGUGGUUGAUUGGGUCGGUGACGCUGGAGACGGUGCAUGUGUCGAAGGGCAAGGAGGAGAUCUUGCAUAGUGCGAUGUUCCAGAUCUUGAAUACUACUGCGCUCAGUCAGUUUGCGAAAGUCAUGAUCAAAGAGGGAGGUGUCAAGACUCGGCAGUUGGUCUCUCUGGCACUGAGUCCGGUGACGGUGACGGUCGCCUCGACUCGUGUUGUCCCUGCUGCUGCUGUGCGGGAGGAGGCGACAUUGAGCUUGGGCAGCGGCGAGGUUAUGACGACGCCGAGUGUCGAGGAGGGAGCGUUGUUGGCGGUUGACGUGGAUGCAGCGGACAAGGACUGCGAGGAAGACUAUGGCGGCGAGGCCGCCCAGGAUUAG